AAACUGGGAAGUCCAAAUGGCCCUCAGAUGUACCGGAAGAUUCUAAGCAUGCGAAACACCCGAGGGCUUUCCUAAUGACAUCCCAAAGGGUUAGAGCGGAACAAUUCUGCCGUACCGGAAGUCCGGCCUCUCCUUCCCUCCCGGCGGGUAGUAAGAUCUGCGCCUGCGCCGCGUCAGAACCAAUAGCCGACUGUGAAGAGGCAGUGAGCGGAACAAGUCAAAAUGGCGGAGCGGGGCUACAGCUUCUCUCUCACUACAUUCAGCCCUUCUGGAAAGCUUGUUCAGAUUGAAUAUGCUUUGGCAGCUGUUGCAGCAGGAGCACCUUCAGUUGGAAUUAAAGCUGCAAAUGGUGUGGUAUUGGCAACGGAGAAAAAACAGAAGUCCAUUCUGUAUGAUGAACGAAGUGUACACAAAGUGGAGCCCAUCACCAAACAUAUAGGCUUGGUAUAUAGUGGCAUGGGCCCUGAUUACAGAGUUCUUGUCCACAGAGCACGUAAACUGGCCCAGCAGUACUACUUGGUUUAUCGUGAGCCCAUUCCAACCGCUCAACUGGUGCAGAGGAUUGCUUCUGUGAUGCAAGAAUAUACACAAUCUGGGGGUGUACGUCCAUUUGGAGUAUCGUUGCUAAUAUGUGGGUGGAAUGAGGGGCGUCCAUAUUUAUUCCAGUCUGAUCCAUCUGGGGCUUACUUUGCAUGGAAAGCAACUGCAAUGGGAAAAAACUAUGUGAAUGGAAAGACAUUCCUUGAAAAGAGAUACAAUGAAGAUUUAGAACUUGAAGAUGCAAUCCACACUGCUAUCUUGACAUUAAAGGAAAGCUUUGAAGGACAGAUGACAGAAGACAAUAUAGAGGUUGGCAUCUGUAAUGAAGCAGGAUUUAGAAGACUUACUCCAACUGAGGUUAAGGAUUACCUGGCUGCAAUUGCAUAGUGUAUGUUAAAGAAAACCAGCUGGAUACAUCUGAUGGUCUCUCCUUUUUUGUGUCUGUGUCAGCCAUUGAAAUCUAUGGCUUCUGCACUCUGUUUAUCUGCUAGAUUUUUUUAAAAAAACAUGAUGGAUUCAUAUGCUUCUGUCCCAAUGCUGAAAGGUUGAGUUAUUGUUCUUAAAAGAACAAACACUGUACAAUAAGACUUCAUACAAUCUAAAAAUAAACCAAACAAUUGGUAGUAUA